ACCAACCUCUGACCUGCUUCGCUUCGUCAACAAAAGCUGCAAUAAGAAAUCACGCAACAGCUGAUGAACUCUCUCGUGUGUUUGCAUGUGCGCCAUUUUCACGUGAUUAAUUCUCUGUCUCUGUCGAAACAUGAUGUUGAAAGAAACCAUGCGCUUCCUUCGUCUUCCCAAAGAGCCAAACAUGAUCUUAGAGGCUGUAUGACUUCCUCUGUUGUUUAGUGCAGCAUUAGAAACACUUCAGCAAAGAUGAUAGAAAAUUAGAAAUCUCUCUCAACAGAACUCCAAAUCUGUAAGUAAUCUCUCUCUCGAAAUCUAUUAGUUGGCUCUUCUCUAAGGGUAAUUGAGGUAGAGAAAAAGAUCCAAUCUAAAUAAGAGAGAACAAGAAGAAUGAUAUCAUGCUGCGCCAUCACUUUAUUCUGGGAAAGAAGAAGCCGACCCAGAGUUCUUUUCUUUUUCUUCUUCUUGUAUUAACCUUCUCUUGCCCAGACGAACUGCUCUGUUCUUUCGCUCCCUCCCUCUUUGUUCCCUCUCCCUCUCUUCUUUACGGUAACUGUUCUUCCUUGUCCCUGUUCAUCUCCGUCGAUGGAAAUCGACCCAAAACCACGGGACGCAGCCAUCACCAGGAGUAGCAGCAACUACAGUAGCACCAACGGAGGAGCACCGGCAGCAAAACCACCUCCGUCGUCGCCAACAGCUGUACCACCUUUGACUCCACAGCCCAUUCCGAGGGCCUGCGAAGCGAAUCCGUGUCCGACGACCUUCGUUCAUGCCGACGCUUCCUCGUUCAAGCAAGUGGUCCAGAUGCUCACGGGCUCCGCCGAGACCGCCGCCGCCAACUCGACAGCUGAGAGAAGCUCGGUAGCUCCUGCCGCCAAGGUCACCGGCCCAAAGAAGGCCGCUUUCAAGCUCUACGAGCGGCGAAGCAGAGUCAAGAACCUCAAGAUGAUCGGCCCCCUGAUACCGACCUUGUUGGACUCCAACCCCAACUCCCCCGUCGGUGGCGCCGCCUUCUCUGCUCUCAAGCUGCCGGAGGUUCCCUCGCCCAGCACGCUGGACUUCCCUUCCCUGUCACUGAGCCCCGUCACUCCUCUGAUCCCGGACCCCUUCGAGCGGCCGCCGCUCAGGGGCACGGACUCCGCCAAGUGGGCCGAGGACCGGGCGAUCGCCGAGAAGGGAUUUUACCUUCAUCCGUCGCCGAGGACAGCGAGGAGAGACGGCCAGCCACCGCGGCUGCUGCCGCUGUUUCCGGUGACCUCCCCAAAGGCCUCCUCCAACUCGUAUCCUGCCACUUGUAAUUGAGAUGGUUCGACUCCAUGGCUGUUGAUGGCUACGUCCUGCUCUUUAUUUCCAUUUCAACCGUAAAAAUGGUUAGUCGUGGCUUUAUCUAAGUUAAAUGACUGCUUCUCUUUAGCUCUCGCUGAUGUGAUUGAAAGCCUGACAGCAGAGUCGAGGUAUCGACUCUUUCGAUCAACUUCUUAUCAUCUGCGCUCGGAUUAAGAUGUAACCGAGGUGCAUGUGUUCUUCCACUGUUCCACACCCCUUGGUGGAGAAUGAUUCUGUGAUGGUGGUGGGAGAGGAAUCGUGUGGAUGACGAACCACGUUCCGAAGAAGAACACUGCAUUUGUACGAAGGAAAAAUAUGUUCGGACUCGAGGGAGAAGAUCAACCACCAGAGGCUAGUGGAUCUGUGAGCAGAUAGAUUCAUCAUUAAAGAGUAUGCAAGGGAGAGCAAUGAUAUCGAAAGAGAGAGGAUUUGAUUUGUCUCGAGCGCCCAACGUCGUACAGGCCACCAUGAUCGAGAGAGAGAGAGAGAGAGAGAGAAGAGUAUGAGAAUGUCAUUCCUGUGUUCUUCUCGAAAGCCU